CACGAGAGCGGAGAGAGGAGAGAGGAGAGAGGAGAGAGGAAAGAGGAGAGAGGGUGAGUGGUAGGCACAGAAGGGGGAUAUCAUUCGCCAAGAUUGCCUCCAAGAAAAGGCAAAAGAAAUAGUAGGAUAAAUCUCUUCCUGUCAAUUCAUACAACACGGACUGGUGAAAGCUCCUUGUUUUUAUGCAGUAUCUUUCAGCUGAUGCCUACCUUUGGGGCUGUAAGCUCUGUCAAGCUGUUGCCUUUUGGGCAUCAAUCUUCCCCUCCUCUGCGGCUUUUUACUCACAUCAGUCUCCCCUGACCUUUGUUUCGUAGUUAGGAGAGGUAGCAAGCAGCGGGGAGAGGGGAUGUGUGGAUCGUUGAUAUAGACUUGUUCAGGUAGCGAGGUGUUGGCUCCGAAAAGAACAUAGUGUGGCGUCGACAGGAGGAGGAGAAAGGAAAGAUUGGAUCUUCGUGAGUGGAAAAGGUGCGAUUUUACCGAGCCAGAGAGCUAAAGUUCGUUGUUUUGGAUGGAAGGCGCGUGGGAUCUCAACGAUGCGGCGUCGGACGAGGAGGACGAGAAGGGGAAGGCCGCCGGAGCCACCUUGGCUGAGGCGGAGAACGACGACUCCGGAUCCUCCGUCGUCGUCAUCGAGGCGUCGGAGGAGCGGGAGGACGACAGCGGCGCCGGGAGAAUCUUCGGGUUCUCCAUCUCCGGCCUCCGCGGCGAGCAAACCUCCGCGGAGAGCGCGCCCGCCGUCGUGACUCACCAGUUCUUUCCUUUCGACGACGUGGAGGAGGCUCGGGCCGGCAAAAGCUCGGGGGCUGCGCCGGCUACUCGCGCCCACUGGACAGGGGUCAAGGUCUGCCACUCCUCGGAGCCGAUGGUGGCCGGAAUGGUGACGGAGGCGCCUCCGCCGGUGAAGAAGAGCCGGCGAGGUCCGAGGUCGAGGAGUUCCCAGUACCGGGGCGUGACCUUCUACCGGAGGACCGGGCGGUGGGAAUCCCAUAUCUGGGACUGCGGAAAGCAAGUUUAUCUGGGUGGAUUUGACACUGCAUAUGCCGCAGCAAGAGCUUAUGACCGAGCUGCAAUCAAGUUUCGGGGAUUGGAUGCCGAUAUUAAUUUUAGCUUGGAUGACUACGAAGAGGACAUAAAGCAGCAGAUGGGCAAUGUCACGAAGGAGGAGUUCGUUCAAGUGCUUCGCCGCCAAAGUACCGGGUAUCCCAGAGGGAGCUCCAAGUACAGGGGAGUCACUUUGCACAAGUGCGGGAGGUGGGAGGCCAGAAUGGGGCAGUUUUUUAGUAAAAAAUAUGUGUACCUGGGACUCUUCGAAACUGAAAUUGAAGCUGCUCAAGCUUAUGACAAGGCUGCAAUCAAGUUCAAUGGGAAGGACGCGAUAACAAACUUCGAUCCCAAGAUAUAUAAGAAAGAACUUGAUAUUCAAAAUGAGCCUCCUGAACAUAAUCUCAACCUAAGCUUGGGCGGAUCAGGCUCCAAAAGGAAUUACGUUGAAACAAUCGAUGAUGAAGGCACAAACAUUGUUGAUCAACUACAGCACAUGGCCUCUGAUUCGGAGUGGAACCGCAACAUGAUACCCAAGUUUGAUGGCAAGCAUAAGCUGCCUGAUGGAAAAGACAGCAGAAGUGGCUUUCACCAUGUUAAUGGCUUCGUUCAGUCUCCAAGCCUUUUUAAGGCGAACGAGGUGUUCAACUGUGCACCAGUCCAAAUGAACAUCAACACGUCCCCGAUGUUCCAGAUCAUUCCACAACAAUUGAAUCCAUCUAGUUUUUACCAAUGUCCUGGCAGCAGCGAUGGGGAAAGAUCCGGAAAAUGGCUUUCAUUAUCUAGUGGUGGUGAGCAACAUCUGCGGCACCCGUGCUGGGGACAAGGCAUGGAGAUUAGCUAUGGUUCGCAAUGCCAUCACCUCAAUCGUUUGUCACCACUAAUUUUGCAGCAUCAUCAGGAUUCCCACCACAGAUAGCAAACUCACCCUCCCAAUGUGCAAAACAAGAAAUGGCAUCUAGAUUUCCAUCCAACCUGGUCGAAAUGGAACAGCAUUCAACGAUGCUAUCAAUUGUCUUUGGCACAGAAGGACCCACCCUGUCUUUGUUUUGUUUCAGCUCUCACCUCAGAAAACCACAGCACCUCAUCAAACCUUUGAGACUCCUUUUGUGUGUAAUCGGCACGGGAUCGAGGAGCUUAGAGUGUGUGUGGGAUGGAUGGAUGGAUCAAAUUGGCUUCUUUUGGCUCACCGAUCAAAAUGUCGAAAGCUUUGGGUCUUCAUUUAUCUGUUUGUCGCUGUAUUUUGUUCUAGUUGACCAAUAAGUUGAAUUCUGGAGAGUGAACUAUGGCUUUAUAAAGGAGUUAAGAGGGUUAUUAAUGUUAAGCAAAAUGGUGGUCAUAUGUGAGAGCUCCAAUGGAAACAGUAUGUGGUCCUCUGGAUCAGUAAAAGAGAUUGUGUUGCAUCUUCUUA